AUGCGUCUUGUACUGUUAUUGUUCUCCGUUUCUGUUUUACCUUCCCACUUGCUCAAACUGCCAAAGCACCGAGAAUCGUGCAAGAACGACUGGAUACUGUGAGUUCUAGGGAACUAUUAUCAAGAAUGCACAUAUUUUUUAGUAUUGAAUCCUCAAAUUUCGACUGGAAAACUAGGAUUGAUAUCGAUUUUCCCGUCGGCAAUACGUGGCAAGAGGCUAUCGACGAGGAGUGCAAGAGUAAAUGAUUCUGCUUGAAUUCCUUCGAGAUGAGAGUUGUUAUCAGACAGAAACAAGCGAUCCAUACUGUCCGAACUUCCCUCUCGACAGUUCUAUCGUGGAUUUUCAAUAGAUGACGUUCCGAAACGGGAAGCAGUGAAUAAUGUUACCACGGCAAGGAAGCACAUCCGCAGUCUUCUCAAGGAUCACAUCGUUCAUCCCACUCUUUUGGACGCCAUCAAUCCAGUGAUUACUUACAGAACGGAGACAUUCAUUGUGUUUGUUUUCAGAUAGUGAGGGAAUCUCGGAAACUGAACCUAGAGCCCAUAAUUCGUCUUGGAGGGAAAGUUAAAUUUGCCAAAUGCUUUGCGAGUCACCAAGGUUUCACAAAACACUUGUUAAUCAAAGCGACGGUGCAAGUGAUGCAGCCGGAUGUUUUGCAAGUUUGGAGGUGUGAGGACAUCGGAAGAGCAGUCAAUAACACCUACAGGUACUAUGAAAUGCCAACAGAGUUCAUGUUCGACGCUCUCAAUGAGAUCACUUUCAAAGUGGACAAGACUGCGUGCUUGGCGGUUCGUUGGACAUCAGGAAAGACCUCCUCCAGUUCCCCGUUUGCAGGCAAAACGAAACAGACUCUUCUGUCAACCGAAAGCUUUCCGAAGAGCCGAUUGCUCAAAGAACAAUGUGGAAAAGUGCACAGAAGUUGUGAAGUCGAUGGAUCACAGCCCGAUCAUUCGAAAUCUAACGGAAGGAAUUGCUAUUUACGGAGCUUUCCGGGUUUGAAGAUACGAACUACACUUGUUUGUUCUAUUUGUUGAUUUACAGCGAAUGGCAAUGCUCGACAUGUCAAAAGAGUUCAUGAUCGAUCCGGGGCUCUAUUUUUUCAGCUUUAAAACGGGAAAUACUUCGUGUCCAGAUGGUCGUCGUAUUUGA